AUGUCUUUAGCCAGUUCCAUCUGCACCUACCUCCAUCAAACAAACUGCCCUGCCUUCCAUUCCCUUAUUGGUCUCAACCCCCUUAUUCUACACCUCCUGUAUAUUUCAUCUCACCCUGAUCAUUACCACACCCUUCCUCUCGAUCACACCCUGUCCAUCUCUCACAUUCUCCUCUUAGUUCUACUACCUGGUGGUUCCUUUUUUCUUUUUCAAGUCUCCUUUGAUCCACUCUUUCUUUUUUUUCUUUUAGUUCUUCUUACUCAUCCUUUCCUUCUUAAUUUUUAUAUUGCAUUCUUUACUGCAUUUUUUGUCCACCUACUUUCUCUCUCUUUCUCUCUCCCUUUGACAGUCUGUUCAUAUCUAUCUAUCUAUAUCACUCAUUUCCUCUAUCUUUCUUAUUACCUUUUUCCUUUAUUGUUUUAUUUUCUUCUUUGCUUAUUUUUUCUUCUUCCACAUCCUCUUCAAAUUUCUUUAUCAGCUUCAUCCAUCCAUUAUUUUUCUUAUUAUUUCUCUCUCUAUUUUCCUUGUUUUAUCUUCCUCCUCCUCCUCCUUUAUUUUUCUUCUUCUACAUGCUAUACUCUCUAUAUUUCAUUCAUAUUUCUCUAUUUUUCUCAUUCUCUCAUAUUUUUUUUACUCUUUUUACUUUAUUUCCUCAUUUUUUACUCUUCUUCUGCUUUUGCAAUUUCCCUCUCAUUUGAAUCUUGUUUCUUACCUUUUCUCUCCUCCUACCUCUUCUUUUUCUCCUCAUGUUUUCCUCCUCCAUUUACUCAUAAUAUGGACAGAAAAUAUCUAUCUAUCUAUCUAUCUAUCUAUCUAUCUAUCUAUCUGAUACGCACAUUGAUGGAAAAGAAGAUUUGUAUUUCUACUUUUGAGAAUACCCGCUAA